GCCUUUACAACAACAUAUCAAACAUUCACACUAUGACAGAUCCUCAAUCUAACUUUUUUGAUGAAUGGUACAACUUCAUGCUCCUCAAUCCUCACUCUUCUUCUUCUUCUUCUUCUUCAAAUCAAACCAACAUGUUAUCAUCAUCCUCUAAUUACCCUUUUCUUCAUAACUCAAACAACAUGUAUCAAAUUCAAUUUCAGCAUCAAGCCUCAUCUUCUACCCUAAACCCUCCUUCUCCUCCUCUUAGAGAAGCCCUUCCUCUUAUUAACAAAUUAAGCCUAAAAAAUCACCAACAAGAAAAUCAUGAACCCUCAAACAUUAAUAGUACUACUACAUUAGAAGAGGAAGAAGAUGAUCAUGAUCAUGAUGAUAUUAAUGAUGAUGAAAGUGUUACUGUUGCCCUACAAAUAGGGCUUCCUAGAAUGAGUAAUAGUUCUUGUGAUCUUGGUUCAAGGAUGGUCUCAAAUUGUAUAGAAAUGGCUGAAAAAGAAGAACUUAAUAUGGUUUCUGAACACCCUUUGGAAAGAUUGAACAAGGGUCAGUAUUGGAUUCCAACCCCUUCUCAAAUUCUCAUUGGUCCUACUCAAUUCUCAUGUCCUGUGUGUUCUAAAACUUUCAACAGAUACAACAAUCUUCAGAUGCAUAUGUGGGGACAUGGAUCUCAAUACAGAAAGGGGCCUGAUUCACUAAAAGGAACACAACCAACAGCUAUGUUAAGGCUACCAUGUUUUUGUUGUGCACAAGGUUGCAAACACAACAUUGAUCACCCUAGAGCAAAGCCUCUCAAAGAUUUUAGAACUCUUCAAACACAUUAUAAGAGAAAGCAUGGUAUAAAACCUUACAUGUGUAGAAAAUGUGGAAAAUCAUUUGCAGUGAAAGGUGAUUGGAGAACACAUGAAAAGAAUUGUGGAAAAAUUUGGUAUUGUUUAUGUGGAUCAGAUUUCAAACAUAAAAGGUCUUUAAAAGAUCAUAUUAAAGCCUUUGGUUAUGGUCAUGGUGCUUUUGGUAUUGAUUGUUUGCAAGAAGAAGAUGAAGUAGGUUCAGAAAUUGAACAUGAUGGUGGAAGUUCCGUGUGAAAAGGUUGGAAAAUAAAAACUAAGAUUUUUUAAGACCUCUAGCAUAAGGAAAGAGGACUACACAAUAACAAGUGGCAAAUGAUAUUUAUGCUAGUUUAGCGACUAUGGACGUGAAGGAACAAAAAUAUAUAUUUGAUGAUGGGUUUUAUUGUUUGAAAUAAUCCAAUUUAUGAGAUUAUCAAAAUGACAAAGGAUAUAGGGAGAUGCAAAGUUCCUCACUUGACAACAAAGCCUCCACAAAUAAUUUUCUUCGUUAACUAGAAGAUGGAUGGAUCAAACUCAACAGAGAUAGAGGACACAAAAGCUCGAUCAAUCUUUUCGGAUGUAGAGGGCUUCUUCGCGACAAUAUUAGGAAGUAUAUAAUCAGUUAUGUGUGGAAAAUUGAGGCUUGUGGUGCCCUACAUGCUGAGAUGUAGGGUAUGUAGAUGGGUAUGGAAGUGACUCGUCGACAAAGGGAUUACUCAUCUUCAAGUGGAGAGUGAUUCUAAAGUUUUAGUUAACAUGGUAACUAGUAACUGCAAAAUCAAUGGAAAUAUCUCAACUCUUAUUUGUCGCAUUCGUGAACUACAGAAUAUGGAUUAGCAAGUUGAGAUCAACAACAUCUGGCACGAAAGAAAUUGAGCUUUUGAUUGGCUUGCUAAUUUUAGUUUAACUUUAUAGUCUUUUGAUUUAUGUAUCAUGGAGCAUCCUCGUAAAAAGCUCCAAUUAAAGGUAUUUUUUUAAUGAUAUUUCCGGAGUUUGUAUGCGUCAAAAUAUUCC